AAUCCGAUGUGGGUUCAUCGAGAAUUAAAAACGUCAGGCUCGUGAAUGAGUGCUUGUGCUAAGCCGACGCGUGUCGGAAACCACGCGAUAGUUGUCCGAUGAUCUGAUGUCGGCGUUCGGUGAGACCACAUGCUCGACGGCGUUAUCGAGGUGCCCUUUGAUGCUAUUGCGCGGACACUGCGGAUCUUUGCCAUGUACGCCAGAUACUUCGUCACCGUCAUUUCCGGAUAGAGUGGCACGUUUUCGGGGGAUGGUAACCGAUGCGUUUGCGAACCUCUCGCGAUUCUUUGAAAACAUCAUAUCCGGCGACGGUAACGCGUCCGCUACUCGCCGGCAUAAAACAGGUGAGGAUUCGCAUUGUCGUUGUCUUUCCGGCUCCAUUCGGACCGAGGAAGCCGACAAUUUGUCCCUUGUCUACUUGGAAGGAGAUGUCCUUGAGUGCCUGAAAGGGACCGUAGUUUUUGGUGAUAUUUUGAACUUCAAUCAUUUUUAAUCUAUGCAGUUUGCGUCAUCGUUUUGUAGGGGCUGGGUAACCCAGUCCCUACGGUUUCACGCCUACCUUCUCUGAACCUUCAAACUUGUGUACACUUGGUAACCUUAGUCAGUGCAAACUUUCAAAAGCAGUUCAGAAGCGUCGUAAAGAACGGGGAUACUGAAGUUUAGAUCUCGGUCUCUGCCCAAUAGAUAAGGAUUGUUAUCUGGAUUGACUGCUUCUGAUUCAGCGAGGACAUCCGGUAAGUCGACCGGCACGGACUUCACGUCAACUCUGUCAGGAUAUACCAGGACCUGUCGCCACAUCAUCGGAUAACAGAUAAUGCCAG